UGAGGCCACCAAACGGCCUCCCUAUGCUCGAUCACAGAUCCAGCAGCUGCAGCUUGAGAAUCUUUCCGUCGUGCUGACGCGAUCAGGCUGUCGGCGGCUUUCGAAUGUUAGCUUUCCUUUUGGGAACGUUAUUCGGUGCUGGUCUUGUCUUAUUCAUCAUCUUCGUUCUGGUCGUCGACCCAUGGGGACCAGUAUCACCGCCUCCGCCGUUCAUCGACCAGUACCGGCCUGUUGAGAUUCCGAAGGAACUUCGCGACUUUCUCAAGACCGGUGAUGACGGGCAAGGCAUUUCUCGAUGGGAGUCCUCUCAUUCACUUUCCCUCCUUCUUCAUAUGUUUUUUCAAGAGCAUAAGGAUACGCGACAGCUUCGCAGAUGGCUCUACAAGCGCUUGCAAAUUGAACUGAAUGACAUCAGCACCCGGUCGGCUGCUGGUCGAUUAAUUCAGGAAAUUCGCAUACGAGACCUCGCACUUGGCACGAAGUUUCCGAGGGUCAAUGCUGUACGGGUGGAAAAUGUCGAAAUGUCUGAGGAUAAAAAUAUAUUUGAGAAAAUUACUCUCAUGGUUGAUAUGGAUUACACCGGUGGUUUUGAAACAUCUAUCGACGUGACAACUGUGUUCGGGAAAAGAGCGAAUCUAUCCAUCAAACUUACCAAAUUGGCUGGUCUGGUUCGUCUUGUUCUAUCGAGAAAACCGUACAAUCACUGGACUAUGUCAUUCGUGUCCACGCCGGAGCUUUUGACUGAUGUCAGUUCCCAGAUUCAAGGACAUCAACUCAAGCGACUUAUUCCACUAAUCAAAGAGUCCAUACGAAGAGCACUCCAACGGAAGCAUGUUUGGCCCAAUUACAAAAUACGUUAUCGGCCUAUUUUUCCCAAUCCUUUUCUUCAGCCGUCUCCUCCAUUGGGCGCAUUUGCCCAUAUCAAGAUUGGAGGUGGAUUGGAGGUGACAGUGCUACAAGGAAGCCGUUUGAGGACAAGUCUUGUGGAGAAGGAUCCGAGUUGUUAUGUUGUCUACUGCACAGUGACCUUAGAUCAUCGUCCGUUCCUGCAAAAUUCCACUGACAUGGCUCAUUCACUGAGUGUGCUGCUCACUUUUUCCCGUCAUGACAUGACUACUCCGAUAGGAAUUGUUUUUGAGAAGACCACCGUCAGUGUUCAAGGAGUUCGGCCAGUGAGAGUGGCUAUGGUAGAGGAAGGAAGUUUAGCUGAUAAGGCUGCUUUCAAACCAGGAGACACGCUAAUUGCAAUAAAUAAUGUGCCGAUUCGGAGCGAGCGGCAGGUGAUUCGAUUUUUGCAACAAACUCUUGGCGAAUUAUUCGUCUUGGUGGAUCGCGGCCUUGAUGACAUCGAUGAUGACGACGUUUUAAAAGAUUCCGAAGUAUUAGUUGGGCCAUCGAGCGGGAACAAAGAUGACUCUUUCGUAUGCCUCGGCGGUGUGACAUCUUCUCCACGAACAACAUUGGCCUGUCGAAGAAGCGUAUCUCCCAAUUCGGACACUAAAAGACGGCACAGCUUGUCGAACGCCAUUUCCGCCCCAUCUGUUCGUUCUCUUAACACGAAUACAGAGUCGCUGACAUCUUCUCUUAUGAGCUUAGAUACUACCUUUGAGCGACCCGCAGUAGCAUCCGUACUCAGGACCGAAAGUGAUAGAGUGCCACAAGUAUUAGUGAGCCAGGCAAGCACUGACCUGAGAAGAACGCGUUCGGAGAGUCAGUUGGAUGCCAAAUUGCUGGAUGCCAUCUCUAUGAGCUCAUCUGUAUCGGGCGCAGUAGAGGAUGAAAUCUCAGUAUACACUGUCAGUUCUCUCGGAAGCGAAAUGCCGGAGCCUGUUGUACCACCGUUAGAAGGUCUCGAUGCACAAAACUUGUUAUCACCAGAUCUCAUCACUCCCAGAGAAAAAGAUGCGAAGGACGUUACUCUCACUCCCGGUAUGACUUUGGCAGAUGUGGAAAAAGAAGCUGCUGCAGCUGCUGCAGCUGCGGCUACUCCUGCUGUUUCAUCCUUACAGGCUGCUACUAAUGGAACUUCUGGUGUGGAGACUGCUAGUUCUGUAGCGUCCUCACUUUCGCUCAAGACUGAAGACGAGCUGGAAGAAGAGGGGAGUCUGAGCCGUAGUAGGCCGACGAGCACAAGGAGACAGCGAUUGCAUGCUACACUGCAAGCAAGCAAGCGUAAGGUUCUCGAUCUUAUGCAGAAAAGGCGUGCAGGUACGCCAUCGUCUUACUCCGACGCAGCGGAAAUGGGUGCCGAUGCCGGCGAAUUGGAUGGACCUGCGGAGGGUGAUCGAAUAGAAUCUCCCCUACCAUCCAUCGGUAAGCGCAGUCCCAUUGAGAUGCAAGUAGUGGACAAAAAAGAGAAGAGGAAGAAAAACAAAAACUCUCGAUCUCCAUGUACAAUACCAGCGCAGCCGGCACCCAGCGUGCAGGAUUCACCAACGGCUUCUGUAGGCUAUGCACGAUCGCGAACCACUAAAUCUGUCCAUUUUCGAGAGAACGUUCUUUGGGGUCAGUCGUUACACUAUGAGCUUGAUGGAGGAGCUACUUCGACAUCGCCUUCCAAGUCCUCGUGUAAAUAUCUCAAUGUCACCGUUCACGCAAAAGAAGUACCUUCUACGCCACCACCACCCGCGGCUGACUCCUCGUCAGCCAAUCUUACCGCACAAAUUCCCGAACCGGAGCCGCCAAAACCGAUUCUGCUAGGAUAUACUUCACUGUACGUACCACAAAUACUCGAUGACUGUCAGCUCACACUCUCAAAUUAUCAUCGCGAAGUGUUCUAUUUGAAACCUCCCACUGAUGUGCAGUCAAUCAACGAUGCCUCGACUCAGGAGUUUUCGAGACAUGCCGGUUACGAUCCACGUCUUUUAUAUGGAGAUGUGACUCUAGGCUUUCGUUACUUUCCUGAUGGCCUCCCCCAUGGAGCUGGUCUUCUAUCAGGCGAAGAAAGCGAGUUAGAGGAAAAGAUUGAAGAGCAGCCACUCAGUGCUAAACCCAAGACACAACCUCCAGCCACCUCUACUACACAACAUGAUUGGAAACCUUGGAGCAGCAAAAGUGGAGGUGCUAUCUGUGCAAUGUGCCAUGGGAAAAUAUGGCUGAAAAGUGCCAGUUGUUGUCAACGUUGCCUUGUUGUCUGUCAUCACAAAUGUGUGGAUAGAGCUGCAACAGGAAUUGUUUGCACACCACAUGCAGUCAGUCAGACCGAUGAGCAAUUUGCGGAGUUGGAAGUUGAUGCAAAUAUUGAUGGUGAUCAUGUCGAAGAGUGUCCAUCGUCGGUCAUCCCAUCAACACCUCAAACGACACAGCCCCCAUCAAUGAGAGGUGACGACGUUGAAAUAACUUCUCGACGAGCUCGGUUGCGAAAUAAAGUGUCGGAGAAGUUCUCUUCAUGGAGGAGAAGCGGCAAAACUGCAUCGAAACCUGAUCUGAACCUUGCUUCUGACAGAGACUCUCGCAUCUCGGAGUCAUCCGCUGGUGUUGGUACUGAAACAGAAGGGACGCUCAGCCCAAUGGCAUGCAUCCAAGAUUGUCUAUCUGAUAUUCUACCCACUUUGGAAGGGUCUCCUUUUAUUCGAAAUCUGUACUUUCAACCUGGCAAUGCAUACAAUGAGCAGACGAUCAAUCAUGCCAAGGUUCUUGGGAAGGAGAUCUUCGCUGAUCUCAAGGGGGAGGAAAGAAAGGCGAAGAUAAAUGAGCAGAUUGAUCGGAUCCAACUUGCUAUACGGGAAACAAAGGACGAUCGUCUAGCAGCCUUGAAAAAGGACGGAACGCAGAAAAAAGGUCGUUCUUUUGAAGGCUUGGAUGAGCGUUUGCAAGCCCUCGCAGUGUUGAUGUUGCAUUAUUGCGCUGCUCUACAGGAUUGCGAAGUUCGAGAAGAACCUCCAGCCUCGGCUUUGACGAACGAUAAUAUAACUUCACCUGAAAGUGCGUUAGAUGGACGAUCUUUUUCGAAUUCAUUUCGGGCAAGAACAAACGACGUCAAGGACCAGACGGAUGAUACUGUCGUUGAGUUCGAGCUGAACGAUCAGCCACUUGUUGAAGAAGAAACAACAGAGUCUUCGACCCCGGAUGAUUUAAACAAAGCUUUCUUUCUCGUGAAUGAAGAACCAGAUAACCGUCUUGAUUAAUAUUAUCUCUUCUAAACCUUAACCUGACGGGUUGUAUGAAUUUGCAAGAGUCAAGUAUUUUUCUUAUGAUUCUUAAGCUUAGUCCACUUUGGCUUUCAUGUGUAUUACGCUUUUUCGGAUCUCCAGCUGUGAUAAUGUUUAGGUAUUGGGUUUCUCCUCUGUUUCGAAUUAUAUACUUCCCAGUGAUUUGAUAAGUAAUGCAGUGUCAGUUUAAUUUGGGCUUACUUCUUUUCUUUUUAAUGCCAAACCUUUGCUGCGAUAUUUCGACUAAAGGACUCAUCCGGGUCUUCCUUCCAAAUUUCUGGUUGAAUUACUGAACGCUUAAUAAUCUCUUUAUUUUCUCAGUCGGUAUAAAACCGACGCUCAGGAUGAGUUCAUCCCAACUCGCUUGCAAAUCUCUUCUCCAUUCUACUUCAAUAUAUUUGUGUUCGCACUUUGUAGUCAGCUUCUGAGAUGUUCUUGGAAGUCUUACUUUGUGAUUUAGCAUCCAGAGAGCUUCAUGUUCUCAAUUCCCUUUGCUUGAUAUACAUACAAAUCAAAGUGAGCUCUAAGGACAUGAAGUUCAAAGGAGUGCAAUCUUCUACUGGUUCUUCACUGUGUUAAAUGUAAAUCAAUGUUCGUUUUUUGCAUACUUGUCUUCAAGCCAUCUUCUGUGAUCUAAUACGUCAACGAUGAGUUCCACCCGCCUAUAAAUUUUCAAUCUUCAUCCAAAAGUUUUGCAUCAAUGAAGAUA